AUGUCAAGCCACGGUGUCUUCGGCUCCCAGACAAGCAGGGACCUCGAAUAUAUGCUCUUGGACUCGUAUGAAUGGCACGACAAGAACGGCGUCAUAUGGAAAUCAGCUCAGAACAAUGCCAUAUCGUGGCUUGAUGCCCUUACUUAUAAUUAUCUCGACAACAAAGGACAAGGACCUGUUAUUGGACCACGGCACCUGUUAGAUUCACUAGGGUACCGGUACUGGAAUCAACAGGGCGUAACUAUAGGCUUCUUCCAGCGGAUAUACUCUUCUUCGGCAAUUCACUUUCGAAUAUUGAAGUUGAGCACAAUAGAGAGACACAAGCGUUCUUAUCUGAGGAAUAUACCCGGCCUUAAUCACUGGCGCAAAAUGCGCGAUAUCGACGACCUUGCCAAAACAAUGAAAGGGCCUGGGGACAAAUAUGAGGGCCAAGUACUCGGAUACGCUGCCAUAACCAACGACUCUUUCCAGCAGGACGCUAAUGAAGGUCCCAAACCAAAGAUACAACGAUACGACGAUAUGGUUCUUUCGGAUAGGAUAUCGGGGGCCUUCCAUUAUCUAAAACCUGGUUCCCAGGCCAAAGUUAUUGAAGUUCGCAUUAUUAGUCCCGAAGCCGAAAAGCUGUGA